GCCGGACGCACUCCUCCAGGUCGACCAAGGACGAGUGCCGCGUGACGCCCAGCUGCGUCAACAUCAUGUGGAAGUCGGGAAUUAUACUGCUGGCCGUGUGCACCUCAGUGUCAGCGCUGAGCUGUAUGCACUGCUCGUCCAGAGAGGAGACCGACUGCCACGAUCCAACCAACGCGACGAGCCUGGCGCGGUUCGCGGUGGAGUGCCCGCGCCGCCACAUCUGCAGGAAGAUCACCUUCACAGAAGGCGGAAAGCCUCACGUCAUCCGGGAGUGCGCCGAGAUGGCCAAGGGCGAUGGCCUUGGGUGCGGCUGGGAGAUCCGCGUCUACUCCCAGAUCGGCUCCGGAUAUGACUGCUUCUGUGAGGAACACAACUGUAACGGAGCCUCCGUCUCCGCCCUGAGCCUCUUGCUGCUGGCGGCAGCGGCGGUGGUUUGUGCAGUGACAUCUAGCGGCUAAAUACUCAUUAGUGGUUCGUCGUUCAACCGGGCGAAGUCGGUCCCGGUAUGCACAGUGAGCGGAGUCCACCGAACACUGAUGUCAGUUCACCUUAGAACUGUCUCCGUAUGUGCUCAGAGAAUGAAACUGAGCAGCAGUAGUGUUAAGUUGUUUGUUUUUUAGAACGACAAUUGCUAGGCUUGAUUUUACCCCCCUUGUUGCGGAUGCUGUGCUGAUGGCUGGUUUGAUAUGAUGGGUACCAUUUGAUAGGCAACGCCGAUUGAUAAGCAACGUUAACACCGUUUGAUAGAUAACACUGCUUUGCAGCAGCGGUGUAAUACAAAUGCGCUCGUGUGGCAAACCGCUCAACAUCGUCAUGCGUGUUAUACAGAUGUUUACUUU